AAAAUAGCUGAGCUUGCAGGCCCAUUCAUUAGUAUUCUCAAAAUGCUUAUUAAACUCACAAUUCUCGGCUCGAUAUUGUGUCUAUUUUCAUUGGCCGGAGGUUUUGAAGUGACACCAACCAUAGAAGAUGGAAUACCCUUUAUAAGGAUCGGCCAUGGGUAUUACUAUAUUGAACUAAAGACUACAAGGAACUGGUUUGAUGCCUUCGCUGCUUGUCGCCAAAUAGGCGCCAAUCUAAUAGCUUUUGAAACCACUGAGGAGUGGGUUGCAAUCAAUGAGUUUCUCUGGAGAUACAAGAUAAUGGCCCAGUAUUGGACUGCAGGCACUGAUCUGGCAAAUCAGGGAAAACACGUAUGGUUGUCAACAGGUCAACCAAUAUCGUUAAAUCUUUGGGCUCCCACCAUGCCAGAUAAUUACCAAGGUGUAGAGCAUUGUGACGAGUUGGGAUAUAAUGCUGUUGAGACCAACUACAACUCCCUCAAUGACGACCGUUGUGAUAAAAAGAACCUUUAUAUAUGUGAAGCCUCGGAGCGAAAGACAGUGUCGUUUGUUAUCUCGUAAUAUAAAUAUAUAAAAAAGUGUUUAUAAAUAAAAGCAGCUUGAUAACUUAAA